GGAAGUACUCGAGGUCUCCUGCAAGGGAUAGGCAUAGCAGGAGAAGCCGAAGGGAUAGAAUCCCUUCGCCACGCUCAUCUUAUUUGCAUAGCAGGUGAUCCCGUAGAUUUUCUGUGCUUUCCCUUUCCAUUAUUUUAUUGGUUUAUGCCCGGAGCCACUACAAGGAAGAUUUCUGAAACUCAGAUAUGUAUCUUGCCAAUCAGAAACGCAAAAUUUUCGGGGUUAAUUUGUACUCAUCUUAUCCUUCUGUAUUGAUUCUCUUGUUCCUGUAGCAGUGUCAUGAUCGUCUAUCUUUCUUCCAUAAAGGAGCGAAUAACCUGGAUGCUGCUGCGUUUAUUGUAUUCAUUUCUGAAAUUUAUGGUGGUGCCUGUAGGAGAACACAACAUUAACUUGUAGACUAUAAUAUGUACUAUGUAGUGUGAUAAGUGUUAACAAGAUCAAAUAUGAUUUAUCAUCUGAGCUGUAAGUUUUAGCUUCACAGCCAUAUUUGGUAAGAUUGGAUCUGGUUGGUUUUAAUCGUUCAGCAUUCCAGUUGGUAAUAGUGUCUGUUUGCCCCUGUGCAAUUCAUAUGAUUUUCUCUGAAAAAAAAGCGGUAGCUAUGUUGGUUGACUUGUAAGCAAGAACAUGAUGAUGCGUAGUAUAAUCAUGAGAGCGUGAUUGCUUAGUUAGGAAGAGAGGAUGCAUGCUAUUUAUGUUAUUAAAAGCUCAGUUUCUUCCCGUUGUAUGGGAGGGGAAGUGAGCAGGUGAUGGGUUGCCGAUUGGUGUUCUUUCAUUGAUCCAUUGUGACAUUAGCUUCUUCAUGUGGUAAAAGUUGGAGCUGGUUAUUCUUAUCAGUGUAUGAGGCGAAAAAGUCGUUCUAUUUCUCCUAGUCGCCAUAGGAGUCGAUCUCUUACUCCUAGGCGUCGUUCCCCAACUCUGAAACGUUACAAAAGAAAAAGGAGUAGGAGUUCUUCUCUAUCUCCUGACCAUAGAUCUUCAACUCCAAGUCUUGGAGCUGCACUAUGUAGGAACACAGGAGAGAAGCUUAGAAGAGAAGAAGAAGAAGAGAGAAAAAGGCGGCAGCUGGAAGCAGAACGGAAGCUAAUAGAAGAAGAAACUGCAAAAAGGGUGGAGGAAGCUAUUAGAAAAAAGGUCGAGGAAAGCUUACAGUCUGAGGAAAUUAAAUUGAAAAUUCAAAGGCAGUUGGAGGAAGGACGGAGAAGACUUCAUGAAAAAGUCGCUGCUCAACUUGAGAGAGAAAAGGAAGCUGCUCUUAUUGAAGCAAGAGAAAGGGAGGAACGAGAAAGGAGAGAAAGAGAGGAACUAGAGAAAACGGUGGAAGAGAACAGGAGGAAAGUAGAAGAAGCCGAGAGAGAAGAAGCAAUGGAGAGGCAGAGUAAAGAGGAGGAGCGUUAUCGGGAGCUAGAAGAGCUUCAACGGCAGAAAGAAGAGGCGAUGAGACGGAAGAAAGCGGAAGAGGAAGAAGAACGACUUAAACAGAUGAAACUGUUGGGUAAGAACAAAUCUCGUCCCAAAUUAUCCUUUGCCCUUGGCUCCAAAUGAGAUUUUUUUCUUUGUAUGAUUAUAUUUAAAAAUGAUGUUUGGAGAACAUAUACUUUUCUGUAUUACGGGUGUCUUCUUUGUAAUAAUAAUACAAUGUAGUAUUUA